AAAAAAGAAGAAAAAAAAGUGCCUAACCUUAUCAGACAAGACAAAAGUGCUUUGACCAAUAUUGUUCAACCACAAACUGCAGUAUUUUUCAUUUUAAUCCAAAUUUUCUCUCUGAGUUUUUGCUUAUAGUAGUUAUAGGUCUUCUCAGGCAGUUUCUAAUCCAAACAAAAAUCCUUACUUUGUUUGGUUUGUACACUUUUACAUCAUGUACCGUAAGGAAGUGAGAAUAGCUAAUUUACUUAGCUUUUUCUGAGGCUUUCCUUAUUUUCUCUUCGUCUUCCUUGCCACAUGCAUUUUCCUGUUCGUGCGGCAUAAAAUAACUAUCGCACGAUCUUCCAACCUUCUUCUUCUCAAUCAUUAUCUAUUGGGUUUUUGUUUCCUUAGCUUCUUUUGCAUGUGGGUGAUGCUGUUUUAGCAAGCAAUCACCUACUUAUCCUUCAUCAUCAUCACCUCUAUCAUUGCCGAUGAUCCACUUGAGAUUUUUCCUCUUUUAGCUGUUUCUGAAAACCGCAAGAAUGUUUCUCUGAAAUGACCCACAUCCAUGGAUCUAUGAAAAGCUCUGUGGGAGCGAGAGCUGACUUGUUGGUGGAUCUUUGGCCGAUUACUUUUGGUCUCUGCAAGUACCAGCAAAUGUGACAGAGAUUCUGGAACCAGGUUGUGCUUUGCCUGCUGCUUAUUCGGUUGAACAUCUGGGCUUUAGACCCUGACUGAGAAAAUGAGCAAGAAAGCAGAUGUUCUGUUCAUUUUUUCAGCUAUUUUCUUGAUUGGCACACUUUCAUGGCAUGUCAAUGCAAACAUAGAGGAAGACAAACAAGCUUUGCUCGAUUUCCUUCACAAUAUAUAUCACUCUCACCCUAUUAAUUGGACAGUGGACUUUCCUGUAUGCAAAAACUGGACGGGAGUGGGCUGUAACAAAGAUCAAUCCAGAGUUAUAUCUCUCAGAUUGCCUGGACUUGGUUUCCAUGGUCCAAUACCAUCCGACACCCUCAGUCGCCUUUCUGCACUUGAGCUUCUAAGUCUCAGAUCAAAUUCUUUAUCAGGUCCUUUUCCUUCUGAUUUCUCCAAACUUGGAAACUUAUCAUCCCUUUACCUUCAAUUCAACAAGUUCUCGGGUCCCUUGCCUUCGGAUUUCUCAGUUUGGAAGAAGCUGAAUAUCCUCAAUCUAUCAAACAAUGGCUUUAAUGGGAGUAUCCCUUCUUCAAUUUCUAAUUUGACUCACCUCACAGCUUUGAAUCUUGCAAACAACUCGCUUUCUGGUAACAUUCCCGACCUCAGUAUUCCUAGUUUGGAAGAGAUAGACUUGUCCAACAAUUUUCUCACAGGGAGCGUGCCUAAAUCUCUGAAUAAGUUCCCAAGUUGGUCGUUUUCCGGUAACAACUUUUCAUCAGAAAAUGCACUGUCUCCAGUAUCUCCAGUUGCACCACCAAAUGGUCAGCCAAAAAGAAAAUCCAGGAAACUCAGUGAGCCUGCAAUAUUAGGCAUAGCAAUUGGUGGUUGUGUUCUUGGUUUUGUGGCAGUUGCUCUUCUUAUGGUCUUUUGCCGCUCAAAUGGGGGAGAUGAAAGUGGAUUUAUAGUGAAACCGCAUAAGAAAGAAAGCGCUUCAAAGAAAGGGGUUUCUGAGAGGCAAGACAAGACAAAUAGGCUUUCCUUCUUUGAGGGUAGUAGUUUUGCAUUUGACCUGGAGGACUUGUUGACGGCAUCUGCUGAGGUACUUGGGAAGGGAACUUUUGGGACAGCUUAUAAGGCAGCUUUGGAAGAUGCAACAACUUUGGUGGUGAAGAGGUUGAAGGAAGUAACUGUUGGAAAGCGAGAAUUCGAGCAACAAAUGGAGAUUGUGGGUGGCAUCAAGCAUGAAAAUGUAGCUCCUUUAAGGGCCUAUUACUACUCCAAAGAUGAGAAGCUUAUAGUGUAUGAUUUUUAUGAUCAGGGGAGCAUCUCUUCAAUGUUACAUGCUAAAAGAGGGAACGGUCGGAUUCCCAUAGACUGGGAGGCUCGACUAAAAAUUGCGGUUGGUACAGCAAGAGGAAUUGCUCACAUCCACACUCAGAAUGGUGGAAAACUUAUCCAUGGAAACAUAAAGGCCUCAAAUGUGUUCUUAAACUCCAAGGGAUACGGCUGUGUCUCUGAUAUUGGUCUGGCUACACUGAUUGGACCAAUGCUCCCACCAGCAAUGAGGGCUGCAGGAUAUCGAGCCCCAGAAGUGACUGAUACACGUAAAGCAACUCAUGCAUCUGAUGUUUACAGUUUCGGGGUCUUGCUGCUUGAGCUUCUAACUGGGAAAUCCCCUGUACAUGCUACAGGUAGUGAGGAGGUUGUUCACUUGGUGAGGUGGGUAAAUUCUGUGGUUAGGGAGGAGUGGACUGCAGAAGUAUUUGAUAUAGAGCUCUUAAGGUAUCCAAACAUUGAGGAGGAAAUGGUGGAGAUGUUGCAAUUGGGAAUGGAUUGUGUGGCAAGAAUGCCAGAGCAAAGGCCCCAGAUUCUUGAUGUAGUGAGAAGGUUGGAAGAAAUUCGUCAAGUUGGUUCUGGAAACCGACCAUCUUCUGAAACAAAAUCAGAGAUAUCACUUCCAACCCCACCAACUCAUGCAGCAGAGACCGUAUCCUCUCUUCCACAGUGAAAUUCUUUUAGUCCUAGUUAUAAAUUGUUGUGAUAUAAAUAUUUACUAUUUAUUUUUCAUUUGAAAUUCAUUCUGAUUGGGGAAAAGCUUUUUUGGUCGUUGUAGUUGUUUAUAAAUCUUUGCAUUUUCACAACAAAUUUGGUGUUGUGCUGAGACUGGUUUAACUAGAUACAGCAAAUGAGGUCCUCUGGUUAUUGUAUUACUUGGCAGAAAUUACAAUGAUUUUUAUGCUUGUGGAA